AUGGGUUCGGCUCCGAAGAGGAAGCGCCGGCCUGUGGAAGAUGACGAGCCUGGAGAGGAAAACGCCCUGUUUAAUGUAGGGAAGCAGGACGAAGAUGAAGAAAUUUCUAGUGGCGACGACGGCGAGAGUGACUCGGUAAGUUUUUAGUUCCCCCCCUUCCAUCGUCUUUGUCGACUGGAGUUUAUCUGAGUUUCUUUCUUUUGGUUCUCUUGGUUGGCCUUCUGGGGUUCGUUUAUCCAGCUAUGGGACAGCGACAAUGCCCUGGGAGAUGUGGGUGACGAGGAUGAAGAGGGCAGUGAUAAAGCCCUAGAAGAGGAGGGCGACGAUGAUGGAAAAGAAAGUGAUAGUGCCCCUGAGGAGGGCGACGACCACCAAGAGGACAGUGAGAAAGAUACAAGCGGUGGUAGGAGGCUGAAGCUGAACCAUGGGGGUGCGGAGAUGGAAGAACUAGAGAAGGAGUACGAGAAUCUCCGGCAUCAGGAGCAGUAUGAUCAAAGAAGAACCCUCUUUGUUUCACUUAAUUUUCUGCUGAUAAUGCUACCACGUUUCAUAAAUCUAGUGGUUUCUUUAACGUCCUUGUGGUCGCUUUUCCUCUUUUGACAUCAGUAUCUGUACGGUUUCAUGUGUGAAAUGUAAAUAUUUGAGAAGUAUUGAAUUUUCCAUGUCUGAUUUCUCCUAUGCUUACUUUCUAGAACUAUCUUGAGUGGUUUGAAGCGCCAAAAGGAUAAAGACUUUGUGAAAGGGCAGGCCAUAAAGAACCAAAAGGUGUGUUAGACUCAAAAGGCUUUUAAAGUUCCAAAGCUGGAUGUGACUUCUUAGGACUGAUCAAAGCUUUUGCGGGCCUGAGUUUUAGUCUUGUUAUCUCAAUAUUUUUCAUGUUUCUUAACAGUAUCUUCAUGUAUAUUCUGCAAUCUUUGUAGCCAGACUGCAUACUUCUGGUUAAUAUAUGUAUAUAUAUUCUGAGAAUAUGUUUUUUGGAAAAGAAGCCGUCAAAGCUUAUUUUUAUGAAGACAGGGAAAUUCUGUGAAUUAUUUGUGUUUGGUUUUUUCAAUUGUCAAUAUAUUUUUUAUAAUGAAAAAUAAAUGACAAUCAUAUCUUCCCGCUGUAAUGCGAAUAUGGCAUCUUCAAUUCAUGUCGACUGUGAUUGGGCUUCUGGUGAAUUAAAAGGUCCACAUUUAACUGCUAAUUCGUAGGGAGAUACUUUUGCCUAAUUACACUGAUUUUAUUAUGCGUGGUUUUUUCUAGGAAAGUUUAUCUGGGUUAUUAGUUUAUUUUUAGGAAUGGAGUCGCAUUAUUUCUGUUUAUCUCUUUUUUAAAGACAAAUUCUCUUACACUACUUGUUGAAGGCUCUCUGGAACAGGAAUUUGGAGUUCAGAUUUCUAUUGCAGAAAGCUUUCUCAAAUUCAAACAAGCUUCCACAGGUCAGUUUCAAACGGAUGGAAAUAUGUAAAAAAUUUAGUGAAACCAGUAUGUCUGAGACUUGGACGUUGAUAUAUAUGAACAUUAAUUUAUUAUAUAUUUCAGGAACCUCUAAGAUCCCAGUUCUGUCAUCGUGAUGAAACCAUUGACAAGGCAUACUCAGAGCUUAUCCUGUCAUCCGAACAGACAUUAAACAGUAUGUUAGAACUACAAGAGGUUAGGCGACAAUUUAGUUAAAAUGUGUCUUGGUCAAUGUAUCAAUAAGGCUUGGUUUCAAUAUGUAAUUUUUAAUGUUAUAAUUUUAUAAAUUAAUUCUAUUCUUUGUUGCAGGCUUUAGUUGAGAAGAACGGUUCCAUUUCUCUGGAGAAUGAUGGUAUUAGCAAAGGGUUUUAUUACCGUGUUUGUUCCCAUCACUUUCUUACUUAAAUCGAAACUUAAGCUUAAUCAAAUAUCUGGUGCAUAUUUCCUGGUAGAAUGCUUGAUGUUUUCAUAAUGCAGCUGUUUCUCUUGGUUUAAUUUUCUCGUAAUGUGGCCAUGUGAAAGCAGGCUUAUCUGAGUGGCUGGUUGAUAAGGUUAGAAAAAAAAUGUGAAAAAUAAACAAAAUGUCUAUGAGCAUAUUAGUUUCAAUAAUAUUUACAUAGAAUCCUAUUUUAUUGAUUAGCUUAUCAUCAAUGUUGGUCUGAAACAAGGGACAGCUGAGGUAUAAGGAAGAAGAGUUGAUGAUAUUAAUGUGUGUGAGAAUUCACUGUUUGAUACUUCAAUCAAAGCUUGCUUUACUAUUUUUCCCAAACCGUAAUCAUACUCGAGGAAGAUGGAAGACAGAAUCUUAUUGAUACCUGCAUUCCGUGUAGAAACUGUGAAUCAUACUCAACGAUGUACAUAAUAAUAAACAGUAAUUUUUCUCAUAAUCUUUGCUGGGAUGUUGAUGAGAUGUGGAGUGUUGGCCUAGCUGGUACGAGGUGAUAACUUUUUUUUGACUCGUAAGAUGAGCUUUUUGUUAUGGUGUUAUUCUAAUCCUGAUUAUUCUUUGUUUUAAAAAAAUAAGAAUGUUGUAGCUGAUCUUUUUCCCCCCCUCUUAAUAUCAAUGUUUUUUGCUUUGCGAAUCAUGUUGUAUCAACUCUGUUGUUGUGUCUAUUUAUCAUUUCGAUAUGCUGUGUGUCCUCAAUAACUUACAAGGCUAUUCUCAUGUUUUGGCUCAUCUGGGAUAAAAGUUACUUGCACCACUUUUCUUGCAGAUACAUCUAAUACGCUGGAAAUUGCGAAUGAUGACAUUUGGUUGCAAAUACAAAGGAUGCAAUGCAGGUUUUCAAACUGUAGCAUCCAUAUAUUUAUUCUGUUAUUUUUUUCACUAUACCUCUUCAUGCUGCCACUUGAUUAUAUUUAAGUUUAUUCUCGUGAUCAAUGACAUUUCUCAUGUUGUAGUGAGUAAUCCUGACGUCAUUUAUGGAUCCAUCUUUUUGUGGAAUUUUCCGUAAUUCUUUAUAUUGGCACCCUGAGAUUUCUUUAUAGUGACAUUUCGUGAUCAGUGACAUUUCUCAUAUUGAGAUUCUUCCAUCUCCUCAGACUCUUUUUGUGGGAAAAAUAUCGCUUUUUCGGGUAUUUUCAUUUAUUUUCUUCUAAAGUGAGUUAAUGGUGUCAUUCUGCUCAAUCACCUUGAGCCGUUUUGAGUAGACAAGGAACCAACUACUUAGUUAAAGAACAAUGACAGAAAGCAUUAUAUGUAAGCUAUCGUUUUCUAGAUCAACUACUUAUCCAGUACACUGACAUCAAGGUAGGUAAUAAUUUUAUAUUCUUGUUCUGGAUCAAGAAAAUCAGAACUUCCAAAAACCUUGUGCAAUUCAACUCCUCUAAAGCCAUAAAAGAUUGAUACUUCCGAGACCUGAAUCUGAAAACUAAUUUGCAAUCCGACUUGUGAAUAAUUGAAUAAAUGUGGGAGGGAGUAAUGGUUCAAGCUUGUAUAGGUAUUUGGUUGACCUCGUGGGGGUUGUUGUAGAAAUCUUAUGCCUUUUUGGCAGAAGCCAUUAUGGAGCCUGCAUCAGUGAGCUGUUGCAUAAGUUACAGUCGAUUUUAUCAGAUGCUUUAAGUGGAGCUUUUGAAAAGUCUGAAUCGGGUCAAGAAAAAAAUUGUCAGCUUCUGAAGCCCAAUUGAUGCUCUCAUGGCAUAAUUGGAGUUCUGUCAUUUGGAACUCCUUUUGAAGGAUCAAUGGACUAAGCAUUAUUAAAUCAAAUAAUGUGAAUUUUGAAUACCACCACUUGCAUGAUCGAUGAUUUGCUUGUGGGUCAACAUUUAUGCACUUACGAAAGCUUGUGGACUUGCUCCUAUGUAAUUAGUCAUUCGUUGUUGUCUGCAGAAUAGUUUCAUUUAGGAAUAGUUCAAUAGACAGAUGGCAGAAGAAGACACAAUUGACGAGUGGUGCAGCUGCAUUCAAAAGCAAAUUACAUGCUUUCAAUAAGGUUAAUUUCCAGUGCUUCUGUAAUUCCUGAUCUACGAUGGCCCACCUGAUUACUCCAUUUCGGUGUUCAUUUCCACAUUCUAUUGUUGCAGAAUAUCAGUGACCAAGUGGCCGCACACAUGAGAGAUCCAAGUAGAAUGAUUGAUAGGAUGACGUUGAAGAGAUCCUCUGUUGGCGUUCUUGGUGAGGUACGGUUUCCUUGCCUCUACUACGGUUCCUGAGGAUCCCUCCCCCCCACCUCCUCUCUUUUAGCAAUGAUAAUAAAAUACUGAGAUGUGCUGGUUGCUAUAAGCUAGGGCGCUGAAGGGCCCACUACAGUAGGCAUAGAGGUUUGACCUUGUCCUUUCUCUAUUUAUGAACGUGAAUUUUAAAUCUCAUAGAAGCAUUGGGUUGCUUGUUUAAAAGCACUCAAUUCCUUGUUUUUACUUCAUCUUCUGUGAGCUUUUAGGGUGGAAAUGUAGAUGGAGAUCCUGAACUCAUUGAUGACUCCGAGUUCUACCAACAGCUCCUCAAGGAAUUCUUUGAAACGUUUGAUUUGUCGUCAGGUAGGCCGUUGGUGCUCAUUCCCGCAGUGUUCAUGCAUUGGAUGGGCUCACUCUCCAUUCUCCAAUUCUUAGUUCUUCUAUCAUAUUUUCCACUAGUCCAUUGUAGUGAAAGAAAUGCUUCUAUUUCAGAACCAUCAUUGCAUGCUUUCAAGAAGUUCCAGACAAAGAAGCGUAAGACUGUUGACCGGCGCGCAUCAAAGAACCGGAAGAUAAGGUGGUUGCCAGCCUCUUUUCCCAUGCAGACGCCCGUCUCCAUCAUGCUCCUCUGGGUUCUUCCAUAACAGCUGGUCGUUGCUUUGCAGAUAUAACGUCCAUGACAAGAUUGUCAACUUCAUGGCCCCGAGGCCCAUGGUUCUUCCUCCCACGGCCCCCAAAUUGUUUGAGAAUUUAUUCGGCCUCCGGAAGAAGCAGUCGGCCUCCUCAUAA